AUGGGUAUUUCACGUGACAGUCUCCACAAACACAGAGCCACCGGUGCUGCUCGUAAACCAAAUUACAAAAAGAGAAAGUACGAAUUAGGUCGUCAAGCUGCCAAGACAAAGUUAUGUUCAGCUGGUGAAGAAAAACGUGUCAGAGCCAUCAGAGUUAGAGGUGGUGCUACCAAAUUCCGUGCCUUACGUUUAGAUACUGGUAACUUCUCAUGGGCUUCAGAAAAAGUCACCCGUAAAUGCCGUAUCAUCAAUGUCGUUUACAACGCUACUUCAAAUGAUUUAGUCCGUACCAAUACCCUCGUUAAAGGUUCAAUUGUCCAAAUCGAUUCAACCCCAUACAAACAAUGGUAUGAACAACACUACGGUGUCACCGUCGGUAAAAAGAAAGCCGUCAAAAAGGAAGGUGAAACUGAACAAGUUGUCAAAAAAUCAGCUAACCUUUUAGCCAAACUCGCUGCCCGUCAAAAAGGUAGAACCUUAGAAACCUCCCUCGAAUCACAAAUCGGUGAAGGUCGUUUCUACGCCAGAAUCACCUCAAGACCAGGUCAAGUUGGUAAAUGUGAUGGUUACAUUCUUGAAGGUAAAGAAUUAGAAUUCUACGCCAAGAAACUCCAAAAGAAGAAAUCUGCCAAAUAAAUAAAUUACUCUCUUUUAUAAUUAUA